AAAAUCUUAUGCAGAGUCACAAACAGUGCCACAACAUAUAAUAAAAAAACACUUCCCUUCCAGCUUCCACUACUACUACCCUACCACCAUUCCUCUGGGUCCCUCUAUGUCUUUUAUAGUUUUCAUUCUAUUCACAGUUAACGACAAGGUGGACUGCAGGUGCUAGCUGACUGGUAUUUCGCCAUUUUCUUAGCUUAUAAAGCUACCUGACAACACCCACUUCUCACUUCUCUUCUCUCCCGUACCGUUUUAACUCUUUCUUCUUCCCACUUCCCAUUUCAAACCUUCUAUAAUUACAUUGCAUAUUUCUCUCUCGCUUUAAAAUUUGAGACACCCAAGAGGAGAUUGAUCGAUCGAAUUAAUCGGGCAAGGGAAAUGAUGCAUCAUUGUUGUGGAAGCUCCCAGGGGCACGUGAUGGGCACGUGCACAUGCGGCAUGUAUCACAGCGAAACCAGCGCUUAUGGCUCGAUGCUGUUUUCCGUGCCCAACAACAGCGAAUAUGACAUGUAUUCGUCCUUCACGCCCUCUCCUUCCUCCGUGGACUGCACGCUCUCCCUCGGAACACCCUCCACGCGUUUAACCCAAGACGACGACCAUGACAACGACAACAAACGACACCCCCACCAACGUCGUUCUGGAGUCGCCAAUUUUUGCUGGGACCUGCUCCAUUCCAAACACAACAACAACAACACGCAAUCUCAAAGCAAGUCUAGUAGCAGAGGAAGCAGCAGCAGCAGCAACAACAACAACAACAACAACGACCCUCUCCUCGCUCGUCGUUGCGCCAACUGCGACACCACUUCCACUCCCUUAUGGAGGAACGGUCCUCGUGGUCCUAAGUCACUAUGCAAUGCUUGCGGGAUCAGAUUCAAGAAGGAAGAGAGAAGAGCGAGCGCCGCCGCCGCCACGUCGACGGCGGUUCCCGGCGGCGAGAUGGAAUUGGCGCGCGUGUACGGCCACCACCACAACAAUUCGUGGUACGCCGCACACUCGCAGAACCAGAAGAUGAUGAUGAUGGGUAACGAGUUACGCUUCAUGGACGAUUCCGAAGACAGGGACUCGGAGAAUAACGGCAUUCCCUUUCUCUCUUGGAAACUGAACGUUCCAGAUAGAACGAGCCUCGUUGAUGAACGAUGGUGAUAUCCUUAAUUAAUACUACGUUAACAAUAACGAGAGAGAAAAAAAAAAGAGAAAAGUUGGAAUCGAAGUAGCUAGUUACAACCUUGACGUUCAAGACCACGCAGUAGGUGUACGUCGACGUAGUUUUACGAUGGUGAUGUAGAUGUUUUUGAUUGCGAUGGUUGCAUUGCAUUAUGGUCUCGUCAAUGUGAUGUUUUAUUUUAAUUUUUAGUUGAACUUUUCCUUUUUGUUUGGUUCCUUUUUCUCCGUCUUGUGAAAGAUGAUGGAGUGAGAACGGGAUAAUUCUAUGUUCUUAGUUUGCUUUUUCUUUGGUCUUCCUUCUUUAACUUUCUCUUUCAGUUACUACUACUACCACCUUUCUGUUCCUUCA